AUGUCGAGUAGCACCUUAGCUACUCCCUCCUUCCUACCUUCACCCCGAUCGCCAAGUAUGGACGACAUCAUCGAUUUGUCCGCUUUCGGAGGUCCUUCUUCAUCUCGUGAAUCAUCUCCAGCUCUCCGUCUCCCUUCAACGCCUCCUCCAAUGGAUCCGACCUUCACCGACGCCUUUUACCAAUCUUUCCUCAACAAUCUCGGUCCCUUGACGUCUUCCAACUCGGCGACAAUGGGCACUGCCCCGACAAAACUAUCCUCGGAACUUGUCGAUGGUAGCACACUUUUACCUGAUUCACCAAGUAGCCCAAGCAACGCUCGUCUUUGGGAUUUCGAUCGAUAUCUUUCAUCCUCUUCGUCCUUUUCAAAUUCAAACAUGUUCCUAACGAACGAGUCGUCUAACCACCCUCUGGACGAGAUACCCCUUUUUUCGUCUUACGCGCCUAACAGUCCUCCGCUAACCGUCAUCACUUCUCCCAGUGUCAGCGCCCCUUCACCGUUUAGCCAUUCCCAUCACUCUACGACGAUAACGGCGACAAAUGGAUCCACCACUAAUCCAGAACUUGGUCAUGCUCAAUUCGCUAUCGAUCCCAUGCUCGUGGCGACUCCUAGUGCCGGCGCAGUUAAUUACCCGAAUGGGAUGACUCCUAGUUCUUUGGACGGAAGCACGCCUUCUUCCACGCUUUCCGCUUCUUCCGCCGUGAGUGUGAAAAAGGAGCGUCAAUCACCUGUUUCCCUAAGUCGUUCGGGUGCCGGUGGGAACUCUCGUGCUCAGUCCGUUGGGGAAGAGGAAGAGGAAGAAGAAAGCGAUGAAGAAGAAAUGUCUCUUUCCCCCUUUUCUGCUGCGGACGUUCCCAAAUCGAAUGGUGGGAAUGGUGGGACCGGGAACAUUGGGGCCGGUCCUGGCGGCGUGGGGAAAGGGAGGAAAAGUGCUUCCGGCAUCGUUCAGAGUGGGGGCGUGAGCAAAAGGGUGACUUCUGCUGUUGUGGCCCCUGCCGAUGGUCCUGUUGAUCCGGAUGAUUGGAGACCAACUCCCGAGGAAUAUAAAAAGUUGUCUAGCAAGGAGAAAAGACAGCUUAGGAAUAAGAUUAGCGCUAGGAAUUUCCGUGUUAGGAGGAAAGAAUAUAUCUCUACACUGGAAUCUCACAUCGCUGACCGGGAUCGUAUCAUCGACACCAUACGAGAGGAACUAGGUCAAUCAAAAACAGAGAACAAUGAACUUCGACAAGAAGUCGAGACGCUUAAACGUGCCCUCCUUGAGGGUCGUUCGUCCGUCCAGGGAUUAGGUCUCCCUCCACCUGUGCCUCUCGAUGCCAAUGGAAACCCUGUCACGGCUGCUGUAACGUCGUCACCCGCGACAAAUACUCGCCGCGCUGCUGCAACAUCGCAAUUCAGUAAACCGAAUACGAGGAAGGAUGUCUCUGCUACGCCUGGUUCGCCUAGAUCGGGACGAGCGUUCUGGGGUGGAGCUGCUUCGCUUGGAGGCGUCACACCUGUUCAUGCGACGCUUGUCCCUGAUUACGAAUUCCCGCCGCUGUCAGAAAAUGGAGGGACUGGUGCUAGGAAAGGGUCAACAGGUGCUUUACCCAGUUCUGCCUACGUUCCACCUUUGUUGGGUAUGGGUGGACUAGGUGCGAAUUCAGGGAGUAUCUCUAGUUUGUUGAGUGGGAAGAGGAGCGUCGGGGUUGCGAGUGCGAGUGCGUUUUACAGGGAGCAGGAGAAUUUGAACCCGCUUUUGAACCAGAUUCCGCCCAAGCCUACUCAGGCCAAUGGGGGCGCUACGGGACCAGGUGGAAAGAGUGGUGGAUGGCCAAGAUCGGAUGCGCUUUUGGACGUCAAUCCGUUUACGAUCAAGAGUACGGAUGAUUAUAGAAUGCAUCUUUGGGCUCAACUUACUCGCGAGGCGAGUGCUCGGAAGCAACAACAGCAGCAACAAUCGCAAUUGCACUCGAUUACCGGACAAAUUCAUCCACUUCCUGGUGCAGGGAUGAAUAACGCGCCGGUGACGAACGGGCUGUUGGAGGCGUUGAAACCCGCCUGGCACGUCGCUUCUGGUGUGACCGGUGAGAAGGAUGGCAAGACGCCUAGCAGUCCCAAGUCAACGCUUGCAGCACUGUUAUCGGGGAAGACUACUUCUCCCACGUCGUCAACGCCCAGCUCUCCUUGGGGACUGCUUUCUCCUCCUUCAUCACCUCGUUCGAGCGUCUCGUCUCUUCACUUGACGCCGCAACAACAGCAACACCAGCCGACGCAACAACAGGCACUCGCCGCUACGCUUGCAAGCGGAUCGUUGCUUUCUCGAUUGGGGAGUUCUUUCUGGGAUGCGUUUACGGGUACAAGUGUUUCCAACCCUGCUCUCUCUACGUCCACGUCGACACCCACUACCACUGCGUCGGCUACGCCUGGGGCUACGAUGAAGGGUGCAUGGGAUGUGGAGAAGGUGAAGAAGGUCCUUGAUGGGAGGGCUGUCGUUCGCGUUGUGGAUGUCGAAAGGCUUUAUCUGUUGGAUGAGAAGAAGGCUGUAGGUGCGGGCGCAAGCGCGGGUAGUGGGUUGGAUGGGUUGGAGGAGAAGAUGGGCAAGAUGGCAUUGGGUGGUUCGACAAGUGCGGUGGUGGUGGCGGGUGAGGAGUGUCAUAAGAAGGGGAAUGCUUGUACUUGCCGGCCGCCUAUCUUUACGAACUUGAGGGGGUGA